AUGGCAACAAAAUGCCAACCCCUGGAUAGCAUAAGCACCGACACCGCCUUAUUUACGGAGGCCAAAAAAAGAUGGCGGCGUGCAUACCUCACUGCAUAUUUCUCAAACACCAUGGCGUCUAUCGCCAAAAACGUCUUCUCCAAGGCGCUACCCGUUUCAGAAUUGCCGCCAUAUUCCGUUAUUGAUCAUAGUGUCGAUAUAAAGGAAGACUCCCAACAUCAUUUCAAUGAUAUUGAUCAAACACAACUCGUUAAUAUGGUACAAAACAAAGACGUGGAAACGCUUCGCGGGUUUGAUGGUGUUAAGGGUUUAGCGAAAACACUUCACUCUCAUCUUGACGAUGGAGUUGAUGGUCAAGAUUUAAGCGAAAGGAGAGCCGUGUUUGGUUCCAAUACUUACCAAAAACCCCCUCGAAAGGGUUUGUUCUAUUUUGUGUUUGAGGCUUUUAAAGAUGCCCCCAUUCUCAUACUAAUGGCAUGUGCGGUUCUUUCUCUUGGUUUUGGCAUCAAAGAAGACGGAAUCAAAGACGGGUGGUAUGAAGGUGCAAGCAUACUUCUCGUGGUCUUUUUCGUUAUCUUUGUGUCUGCGGUUAGUAACUUCGGACAAGAAAAACAGUUUCAAAGUCUGUCAAAAAUAAGCAAUAAUAUCAAGACAGAUGUAGUUCGAGAAGGGAGAAGACAGAAGAUAUCGAUAUUCGAUAUAGUUGUUGGAGAUAUUGUGGUUUUGAAUGUUGGAGAUCAGAUUCCCGCAGACGGCUUGUUUAUUGACGGGCAUUCAUUGCUGGUGGACGAGUCGAGCAUGACAGGCGAGAGUGAGCAAAUAGAUGUAAACGCUGAUAGUAAUCCGUUUUUAGUCUCCGGUGCUAAAGUGGCUGAUGGGUAUUGUCUGAUGCUUGUGUUAUCAGUAGGGAUGAACACUGCUUGGGGGAAAAUGAUGAGUUCCAUCAUGGGUGAUAAUCAUGAGCAAACACCAUUACAAUCGCGCCUCAAUAAACUAACUUCCUCAAUCGGAAAGGGAGGUCUUGCAAUUGCUGUCCUACUUCGUUUAGUUACAGGCAUAUUCUCGACCGCAGUGACGAUCGCAGUGGUGGCCAUCCCUGAGGGUUUACCGCUAGCGGUCACCCUCACACUUGCUUACUCGAUGAAGAAAAUGAUGGAUGAUAAAGCCAUGGUUCGGAAGUUAUCCGCCUGUGAGACCAUGGGUUCCGCAACGGUUAUAUGCACCGACAAAACCGGGACUUUGACUAUGAACCAGAUGACGGUAACAAAGUUCUGGCUUGGUCUCGAGUACAUAGAACAACAAGCUUCUAAUGUUAUCGCCUCACAAGUCCUUGAACUUCUACAUGAGGCACUGGGAUUCAACACUACGGGUUCCGUAUUCAAUCAGACUUCACGUUCGGAACGCGAAUACGUUGGGUCCCCUACCGAAAAAGCAAUUUUAUCGUGGGCGGUGGAGGAUUUGGAUAUGGAUAUGGAGAAACUAAAACAAAGUUCGACUGUUCUUCAUGUUGAGACAUUUAAUUCGCAGAAAAAACGAAGUGGGGUUUCGAUUAAAAGAAACAUUGACAACACGAUUCACGUUCACUGGAAAGGAGCUGCGGAGAUGGUAUUAACGAUGUGUUCAGAAUAUUAUGACAACAAUGGGUGUAAACUGAUAAUCAAUCCCGAUUCAAGAACACAGUUGGAGAAUAUAAUUUCAGGAAUGGGAGCAAGUGGUCUUAGGUGCAUUGCUUUCGCGUAUAAAAAAGUUUUAGAUGGUACAGAAACAUUAACUGAAGAAGGGUUAACAUUGCUAGGAAUUGUCGGGUUGAAAGACCCAUGCAGAUUGGGAUCCAAAAAAGCUAUUGAAACUUGCAGAUCUGCUGGAGUUGAAAUCAAGAUGAUAACUGGAGACAAUGUUUUCACAGCAAAAGCCAUUGCCACUGAAUGUGGAAUACUUGAAUUGGGCCAAGAGGUACGAGAUGGAGAAGUAGUGGAGGGUGUCGACUUUCGAAAUUUCACGGAUGAAGAAAGAAUGCAAAGGGUUGAUAAAAUCCGUGUGAUGGCAAGAUCUUCGCCUUUUGAUAAGCUUUUAAUGGUAAAGUGUUUGAAAGAAAAAGGUCACGUUGUAGCAGUUACAGGUGACGGGACUAACGAUGCUCCAGCACUCAAGGAAGCCGAUGUUGGACUUUCAAUGGGAAUUUAUGGAACCGAAGUAGCCAAACAGAGCUCAGACAUUGUUCUCUUAAAUGAUGAUAUUGAAUCUGUAUCAUCCACAUUAAAGUGGGGACGAUGUGUGUACAAUAAUAUCCAAAAAUUCAUCCAAUUCCAUCUUACGAUAAAUGUCACAAUUCUCGUCAUUAAUUCUGUUGCAUCUGUGACAUCUGGUUAUGUCCCCUUCUCCGCUGUUCAACUUCUGUGGGUGAAUCUAAUCAUGGAUACUUUGGGUGCACUUGCACUUGCUACAGAAGGGCCUACUAAGGAACUCUUGAACAAACCUCUUAUGGGUCAGGUCGAACCUCUCAUUACUAACAUCAUGUGGAGAAACCUAUUAGCACAAGCUAUUUUUCAGAUUACUGUUCUAUUGACGUUCCAAUUUAAAGGCAAGGCGAUAUUUAACGUGGAUGAGAGAGUGAAAAACACGAUAAUCUUUAAUACUUUCGUGUUAUGUCAAGUGUUUAAUAUGUUCAACUCGAGGAAGCUGGAGGAACGGAAUAUAUUCGAAGGAAUACACAAAAAUAGAUUGCUUUUCCAAAUAACUGGGAUUACCGUAAUCCUUCAGAUUGUGAUGGUGGAGUUUUUGAAGACGUUUGCUGAGACAGAAAGAUUAAACGGGUGGGGAAUUUGUAUUGGUAUUGCAGCUUUUUCGUGGCCUAUUGGGUGGUGUAUGAAGUUGAUACCAGUACCUGAGAAACCAUUUCUAAGCUACAUCAGACGCUAAGAUCAUAUAGUUUGCAUGUAUAUUAUUCGUAUAGGUUGUUCAUACUUUUGACUAUAGUCUAUGGGAAUGUUAUGAUUUGAUC